CGAUCUGCUCUUUUGAGCAUCAAGUUGUCUCUUCUUGAUAUUUUCUGUUCUUUUUUUCUCUCCUCUCACACCGUACAGUGUAUAAAAGAAACUGCAUCCCGCGAUGGUAGGUUUGUGUGAGAGAGAGAGGACUAGACACAGCCACAGGCAUGAAGGGUGGCUCCAUCAGCGACGAAGAACAUGGUGGUCUUGUUCCUCUUCAUGGCAAGUUUUCACAGGACUAUGCACCAUAUAUUUGCAAUGGAUCUGUUGAUAUCAGAGGUAAUCCAGCAUCGACAAUCCAUACUGGAAAAUGGAGAGCCUGCUACUCAAUUCUAGUUGCAGAAUUUUGUGGUUCUUUGGCGUACUAUGGAGUUGGAACAAACCUGGUCAGUUACCUGUCCAAUGUGCAGCAGCAAAGCAAUAUUGAUGCGGCGAGCAAUAUUGCCUUCUGGCAGGGCACCAGCUACCUUUGUUCCCUUCUUGGAGCAUUCUUGGCAGAUUCAUAUUGGGGAAGACACCGAACAAUUGUGAUUUCCCUGUCAACCUUUACAUGUGGAUUGAUGUUACUGACACUUUCUGCAAUUGUUCCUGCAAACAUUCUUACAGUGGUGACCUCCCCUCAGGAUGCCUUGGCUUUCCUGGGCCUAUUCCUGACAGCUCUGGGCUUAGGUGGCAUCUGGCCUUGUGUUCCCACAUUUGGAGCUGAUCAAUUCAAUGAUACCGAUGGGGAAGAGAAGGAGCAGAAGGAGAUCUACUACAACUGGUACUACGUUUCUGUCAAUGGUGGUUUCCUCUUCGCGAGCACAGUCCUUGUUUGGGUUCAGGACAAUUAUGGCUGGGGAUUGGGUUUUGGGAUUCCUACUGUGUUUUCAGCAGUUGGAGUUGCUGGGUUUCUUGCCUGCAUGAAGCUGUACAGGUAUCAGAAACCAGGUGGAAGCGCACUAACUAGGAUAUGCCAGGUCGUGGUGGCGGCCACUCGCAAGGUCAACGUAGAUCUGCCAACAGACAGCUCUCUUCUGUAUGAAAUGCCAGGGAAGGAGUCAGUAAUUGUGGGGAGUAGGAAGCUAAUGCACACUGAUGGACUAAGGUUUUUGGACCGAGCUGCCACCAUCACAACCGCGGAAGAGAAGUUUCUUGACACACCUAAUCCAUGGAAGCUUUGUACGGUGACGCAAGUGGAGGAGCUCAAGAUUUUGGCAAGAAUGCUUCCUGUAUUUCUAGCUGCCAUGAUCUUCAACACAGCCGAAGCUCUAUUCCCACUGUUCAUUGAACAGGGACAGGUCAUGGACAACCACAUACAUAGUUUCUCAAUACCUCCUGCCUCUCUCACGACCUUCAACUGCCUCUGCAUUGUCAUCUUGGCCCCAGCGUACAACAAGGUUCUCAUGCCUAUUGCGAGCAGGAUCACUGGUGUGAAGCGAGGACUGUCGGAGCUGCAACGAAUCGGCGUGGGUAUGGCUUUCGCUGUGCUAUCGCUGGUUUCAGCAGCGAUAGUUGAGAUGGCGCGUCUUGACAUGGCAAAGAAGACAGGCCUGGUGCACCAGAGCACUGCGGUCCCAAUGAAUAUCUUGUGGCAGGCACCACAGUACAUCUUGGUAGGGGUCGCAAAGGUGUUCAGUGUGGUGGGUUUCAUCGAAUUUGCAUAUGAACAGUCACCAGAUGCCAUGAGAAGCUGCUGCCAGGCUUGCGCUCUCGUCAUGGUUAGCCUUGGGAGCUACCUUGUGUCUGUCAUGUUAAAGAUGAUCGAUUCAGUGACAGAGGGGAUAUGGGGCCAUGGUUGGAUCCCCGAGAACCUCAACCAAGGGCGACUUGAUCUGUUUUUCUGGUUGAUGGCAGGACUGCAACUGCUAAACCUUCUUGGAUUUGCUUACUGUGCCAUGAGGUACAAGAACAAACUAGCUGGAUGAGUUUAUUAUUCUCAACUAGUUUAUCUGUGCUUGGGAGCCCUUAUGUAAUACUACUCAAGUAUCAUAUUAAGGCCUGUGACGUAGAGGGUCAGCAGAAGCGUCAAAAUUAGCAAGCUAAUAACUCACGAGAAUUUUACCAAA